UUUGGCAGCAUACACCGCGAGCGUAUACCGUUGGUACGUACCGUAUGUAUUGGUUCCGCGUGUGUUCCUCGUUGUUUAUUUAUUUUCACGAAAUUGGCGUAUUUGGAUGUUUUUACUGGCAUGUACAUGGUUUACCCGACAGUUAGCGGCGAAUAAAAAUCACAACGUAAUUUCUGCACGGCGCUCGUUCGACAUGGCGUUGUUCGCUACGGUGGCGUUUUACAGCUGACGAAAAGCGUACGGCCAAUGAUUUGUGAUUCCUGUGCGUGUCUCCACUGAUCGAGGUAUUCCGCCGCUGCCCGACAUCUGAUCUCAUCACCGCUUCAGACUAUACAUAAACGCAACUCAGCUGUACCGAAAUGUCGAAGGAGGAAUCUCAACCCACCCGCGGCCACUGGGGGAGAAGUGUGGAGUUCUUCCUCUCCUGUGCCUCACUGUCCGUGGGACUCGGAAACGUCUGGAGAUUUCCAACCAUUGCGUACGAGAACGGAGGAGGAGCCUUCUUGAUUCCUUACUUGAUAGUGCUUCUAGUCAUCGGCCGUCCCUUGUACUACAUGGAACUGAUCUUUGGUCAGUUCAGUGGUUUGGGACACGUGAAAGCAUGGAAAGCGGUGCCAGCUAUGCGAGGCAUAGGCUAUGCCCAGAUGUUCACCAGUGUUUACAUGUCCCUCUACUAUAAUUUCGUCAUCGCCCUCGCUGUCCGUUACUUCGUUGCUUCCGCGUCGUCUUCUCUCCCAUGGACCGAGUGUCAAGACCACUGGUUUGAAGGAACCAACCCCCAACUCUCAUGCGACAGCUUCAACAUCAACGGACCUCCAGCUAACCACACCGCGCAACAAGUUAACCUUACACUGGAGACAAGCAAUCGCCGAGUAUCAGUACCGGAGCUUUAUUGGAAGUACCGUAUCUCUCACCAGUCCGAGGGCCUAUGGGAUAUCCGGUGGAUGAGUUGGGAACUUGCUCUGUGCAUGGUAUUCGUCUAUGCAUUCAUAGCGCUCAGUGUCAUCAAAGGCGUCAAGACGCUUGGCAAGCUGGCGUACUUCACUGCCAUCUUUCCAUACGCCGUGCUGAUUUCGCUGCUGGUCGUUGCCUGCUUGCAAGAGGGCGCCCUCGAUGGCAUCAAGAGAUUCUUCACACCAGAAUGGCACAAGCUUCUCGAUGUUCAGGUAUGGUACAAAGCCUGCGAACAGUCCUUCUUUUCGUUAGGAGUUGGCUAUGGGUUCCUGAUUAUGUUUUCCGGUUACAAUGACUUCAAGAAGGAUAUCUACAGAGACGCCAUCCUCUUGAGCAUUCUGGACACCUUUACCAGUGUCUUGGCAGGCACCGUCGUGUUCGCUGUUCUGGGAGGUCUUUCUGCCAAGCUGGGCGUCAACUUCAACGAGGUCAUCAAUGCAGUUGGAACAGAACUGGUGUUCAUCGUUUACCCUGAAGCACUUUCCAAGAUCGAGUUUGUACCUCAGUUGUGGUCUGCGCUGUUCUUCGUCAUGCUCUUCACUCUCGGCGUCGGCAGUUCCGUAGCCUUCGUAGAAUCCAUCUUCACUGCAAUCAGAGAUCAGUUUCCACUGCUACAGAAACGCAAAUGGGUUCUAGUGGUGCCCUCUGCGGUUCUUCUCUUCUUCUGCGGACUUCCUCUUGCGACAGACGCAGGACAGUACAUAGUCAAGUUGCUGGACAACUACGGCGUUGCUACUGCGGCCUUUCUGUACGCUAUAUUGGAAAGCAUUUCUAUUAUGUGGAUCUACGGCAUCCGAAACUUUUCCAAGGACGCGGAGUUUAUGCUGGAUAGAAAAGUGGGAAUCUUUUGGAAAGUAACCUGGGGUGUUACCGCUCCUGUACUACUUAUUGGUAUCUUCAUUUACGGUAACGUGCUGCUAUUCUUGGACGGCAGCGGUGGCGGAAAAGGAAUUCCUUGGUGGGGCAACCUCAUUGGCUGGAUGAUGGCUGCCACGUGCCUUAUUCAGAUUCCUAUAUGGAUGUUUGUUGUGUUCGCAAAAACAAAAGGGGCCACGCCACUCCAGAAAGUGCGAAGCAGCUUCAAGCCAGCCCCGGACUGGGGACCUCGCAAUCUUGAGACAAGAGAAAAGUGGAGAGAAUUCAAAGACUGUGCCCAGAACAACAUGCUUCGUCAACCCUACCAGAUAGCAGUGCUUCCAGAAAAAGCCACAUACACCAAUCCGUGCUUCGACUCCAAUGAAUCCACAUCAUUUUGAAGAGUUCAUUAGACGACAGUGGUGUCCAUGAAGCAUCAAGUAGUUUCACUAGCGGUAUUUAAUCAUCAAGAACUGUUGGGCACAGACGUGCAUGCAGCGCUGUGCCCCUGUGUCUUCGAAAAAGAACAGCGAAGGCCAGCAACUUCUAUCAUCCGUGCGUCAUAUGAACAGCGCGAAAAAGAGCACGAUGGCAGUACUUUUUAAAAUAUUGUAUUUUUAGCUAAUUAUCCUCUGUGAUCACGUCACUCGAUACACGUUUUAUCAAGAAACGCAGAGAGCACCCAUUCUGAAAUAGGCUACUGAUCGGAACAGUUUGGCCUGCAGGAGAGUCUAUGUCCUUGAUCAUAGGUGACAGCUUCAGUCGUCCCCCGUUGAUCGUUCAUGAAAUAAUCCCGAAAGUGCACAAGUACGGUGGUGUGUUUCAGCCAUGCUGUGACUAUACAGGGUGUCCCAUCCCAUCAUAUUUUUUAAAGAUAUAUAUAUAUAUAUAUAUAAUCACUUUUUCCGAGAUGAAAUCAAUUGCAUUAUAGCAUAGGCUG